AUAAAACAGCAGCAGAGCCAAAUGAGCUCAGAAGAGAGCAGAUAAGCCAUGGACACGGACCAGCAGGACAGGUCUAUUCUUAAAGAAGGAUUCUUGGUGAAGCAGGGUCAUGUGGUUCAUAAUUGGAAGGUCAGGUGGUUUGUUCUGAAAGCGAACAAGCUCCUGUAUUACAGAUAUGAAGGGGGCAAACGAGACUCCUGCCAUCGAGGGACCAUCCCUUUAGCUGGCUGUGAGAUUACCUGCCCGUACCUGGAGUUUGAAAACAGACCGCUGGUGCUGAGGCUGAAGAGCAGCUCCUCAGAGGAGUAUUUCCUGGAGGCGUGUUCACGGGAGGAGCGGGACGAAUGGGCCACAGAGAUUUUAGCUGUAGUACAGAACCUCCACCCAGGGGGCGCUAACCCUCCCUCUGCACACUUACGCAAAGGCUCCAAAUCACUGCAGCUUCACAACAUCAAUCUCAGUCAGGUGGUGGACUCCAUGUAUGACGUGCACAGCGGCAUUAAGAUGAGCAGCCAUGUGGAGCAGGGCAGCACCUACAUCAACUGCUUCUCAGGCUCGGCGGUGGUGGACUGGCUGGUGUUCAUGCAGUUGGCGCUGACGCGGGUGGAGGCCGUGACCCUGGCGUCUGCUCUGCUGGAUGAAGGCUGUGUGAGAGCUGUGGGGAUUAAGAGUGUGGAGGCCGUGAGGAACGCUGCUCUGGGGGAACAGUUCCUGGAUGAUUCCACCGCUCUCUAUAGCUUUGCUGAGAGCUUUAAGAAGCGAGGGAGUGUGAAGGCGGAGAAGUCUCUGUCUGCGGUGGAGCUCAGUGGAAGAGUGCAGAAGAGAGGAUACCUGUUGAAGCAGGGACAUAAGGUUAAAAACUGGAAAGUGCGGCUGUUUGUGCUGAGGGCGGAGCCUGGCUUCUUGCACUACUACGACCCCAGCAAGGAUGACAUCACUCCGGCAGGCGGCAUCUCUUUACGCGGCUGUUUGGUUUCCUCCCUGGAUGACAAUGGCAUUCCCUCAGGUGUGAAAGGUAAAGUCCAGGGAAAUCUGUUUAAAAUCAUCACACAGACAGACAGACAUUACUUCAUCCAGGCGCCCACACGGCAGGAGAAGAUGGAGUGGAUCGAGGCCAUCAAGAAGCUCACGUAAAGCCUCUGUUAGCCUAGCCGCUAUCAGUCAUGCGUCCGCCUCACUGCUGAAGGAGUAACUGGAGCAAACAUGCUAUUGAGACUGAAGAUUGAAACUGGGUGAAUGGAAGCUGAUGACCAGUAAGAAUUCUGUCUGAGCUAAUAAGUGACACUUCCUUUUCUUUAUUCAGUAUCAGUGACAUUAACUAUUUUUUAAAACUACUGUACUAUUCCUAAAAGCAACACUUCCUAACAACAGCCACCAAGUGAAGGCGAAGAGCAAGGCCCAAGCCCAAGUUUCCUCGUUUCUUUGUCUUCUACCACUUUUCACUGUAAGCACUUUUAUUGUGUUUUGUAAACUCCUUUUAUUGUAAUAUAUUUAUUUUUUUUAAACAUUUUAUACAGACCUAAUUGUUUUGUUGCUGAUUGCUUACAGACAUUUACAUUGAAAUUCACAGCACAAUUAACUAAUUAACUACUGGAUGUCUUUAUCAUUUCAAGCUUAUGUGUUUUGUACAAUAAAGCUAUAUUUUAUAAUGAAG